UUCUGUCGGUUUCUGUGUGUUCCUCUUACAAACCGAACAAUAUCCUGGGUUGUUAACCGUGGCGAAUCGUUAGGGUACAGUAUGCAGCGGUUGCUUCAAAAAACAGGUCCGUAAACGGAUGUUUCUAUGGCCCUGGUUUCGAGGUCACGUUUAGGCUUAACUGUGGUUACGUUGGAAGCAGCCGAGAAUCAUGUAGAAGCUCAGCGCAUACAGGAGACGAAUAUACAGAAGAGGACAGGACGACCGCUGCAGCAGAUGUUGCGAGAGGCACAGAAAGAGCUGUGUACUUUAUAUUAGUGUGAGGUACGCAUCACAAUGUGGUUCCGGCUUGGUUUAACGCUGUUGAUGAAGGCCUAUGCACUAAACAAGUGAAACGUAUAGCCCCCAUGUCUCAAACAAUACUCACGAUGAGUCCAGCAGCGCAGCAAGUGAAACAGCUUCUAGCAGAUAUUGAGGCUGUGGCAGAAGAGAUACUGGCUGACAAAGAACAAGUCAUAGACUUGGACAAGAAGCGGCAAAAGAAUAGAGAGGCCCUAAGGGCAUUGCAGAAGAUGGAAGAUGUGAAGGGAAGGCCCUGGAUAUGCAUCGGAAAUAUGUUCAUGAAAAUGCCAAACGACCACACGAAAGAACUCUUGGAAAAAGAACAAGCAACACUGGAGACAGAGAUCCAGAAUCUGAGGAAGAAGAUGAAACGAAACGUCCAGCAAUUGCGUGAAAUGGAAGGAAAACCUGAAGCACGUGGCUUUGAUCUUCAGCCAUUGAGCAAGGAUGAAAUGCGAGCUGUGCACAAGGUCCUGGGCCAGUGAAACUGAAUGGUGUACUGUUUGCUAAUCAUGUGUUUUCCUUACAGAGUGUUCACUUACCGAUCAUGAUUGCUAUCUGGAGCGCCCAUAGAAAAGCAGACAGUCCACAGGCAGCCAUGCUAACAGAUGGUUUGUGUACAUCAAUUAUAAAAGGUUCAGGGACCUUGAAGUGACUAAGUGGUUCGGUAGGCUUGUCUGCUGCGUGCCAGCUGGAUUUUCUCUUUUCUCUCGUGUGAGAAAUAUCUGGUGUACAGGCCAUCGACUCUCCAAGACACUAAAGAGAAUGUGACAUAUUUUUACACACAAUAAAGCAGCAGCGACUUUGCAUAGGUGGCAUUUACAAUGC